AUGGUCCACUCGGAGAGCAAAUGCCUCCUCAUCCUGGGGGGUGGGGAGGACGGAGAGGACCCUGCAGAUCCAGUGCCACCUUCUGGGGGUGGAGGCGUGGCCGCCAGGAGGCCCACUGUCUGGCUCCGCCUGCCCCUGGCUGCCCUGGAGGUCGGCACGGCCAUGGCUUGGCCCCUGCUGCUGCUGUCCCUGCUGCCGUCCCUGGCGCUGCAGGCGGGUGGCUCAGCAGUAUCUCCUGGAGACUACGGGAUCAACCAACCCAAACACCUCUCAGCCCCUGUGGGUGGCUCCAUCGAAAUCCCCUUCUCCUUCUAUCAUCCCUGGGAGUUAGCCGAGGAUCCCAAAGUGGCUAUAUCCUGGAGACGGGGGCACUUCCACGGGGAGUUCUUCUACAACACGACCCCACGCUUCACCCACAAGGAUUUCAAGAACCGGCUCCGUCUGAACUGGACACAGGGUCAGGAGAGCGGCUCCCUCAGGAUCUGGAACCUGCGGAGGGAGGACCAGACUGUGUAUUUCUGCCGAGUCCAUCUGAACACAAAGACCGAAGGCAGGCAGACAUGGCAGAUCAUCGAAGGGACCAACCUCACCAUCACCGACGCCACCGAGACCACCAGCCAGAGCCCCCGUGACAUAGCCACCACAGCUGGCCUCAGGGACACAGAGGGCAAAAGCAGCACAGGGUCUCUGCCCCUGACUCUAGAGACCGCACUCGGGGUGGCCGCGGCCUGCGUGGCGCUCAAAACUGUCGUUUUGGGACUGGCAACCUUGCUCUGGUGGAAGCGAAGGAAAGGUGAGAGACACUGGAGAGCCACCAGUCCCUCGCCCCACAGGAAGGGAGAACAGGAAGGGGGGCGAGACCACACAGCGUUCCUCAACGACCGUGGCUCUUGGUCGUCUCUGUGCCGAGCUGGCUCUUUUCCGACCUCUUCCGUGAGUUGCCCAGAUCCAGGCCAGGGGAACUUCAUCUUCGGGGGAGACGCUUCCAGCCCCUGA